UGAAGUAGGCUGCGAACGUCCCCCUUUUAUAACCUCAAAAAUGCGCGAGAAGGAUUACAGUGGUAUAGCGAAGUGAGCUAUUUUAAUCAUUAAAUAGUGCUAAAGUGAACGGAUUAUCGCUAUGCCGUCGAAGAAAAGAAAAUAUAAUGCCAGGUUUCCAGCCGGACGAAUUAAGAAGAUUAUGCAGACUGACGAAGAGGUGGGAAAAGUGGCACAGGCCGUGCCAAUUAUAAUUUCUCGUACUCUAGAACUUUUUGUAGAGUCACUCCUUGGCAAAGCCAUGCAAGUGACGAUGCAGAGAAAUGCCAAGACCUUGAGCCCGUCGCAUGUGAAACAGUGCAUACUUGCAGAGUCGCGGUUUGACUUUCUACGAGAUUUGGUGAAAAACAUACCUGAUGUAACAGCGGCUGAAGAAAGGGAAAUAAUGAGUGGGGAAAGUUCUCCAAACUCUUCCAGAUUUUCAGAUACAUCAAUUCCACGAAAAGUGGUCAGAGCGGAUUCGAACAGUUCCAGCAGCUCUGAAAUCAGAGUGCAACAGAUUUUAUCAGCGCCAACGGAUAGUCUUAGAAGGACUCUAUCAGUGGACGCGGAGCCCAAACCUAGAAACGAAACCGUCACGUCAGACUCUGCUAUAGAUUUAACGAAGAAAGUCGAAGAGAGACCAGUCGUUACCGCUAACUUUUACCAAGAGACUCUGAUCACGGAUGAAGUUCAACACAAGAGCGUGAUCAAAAUCAAUCCAACAUAUUCGAGCCCGCAGCCGUCAACGUCGAGCUACACCAGCUUGACACCAGUGGAGCCCGUGAAAAAAGUCGAAGUGCUAGUGCCAAAGCCAGAUCAUCCCAAAAUGUUCUAUAAAGAUGAGAAACAAAAUAAAACGCCCCCCCGAACGCCCGUCACUCCCAUCACACCGAUCAUAAAUAUAGAUUUUACGAAAAAUAUAGCAAAACCAGAAAUAAAACUCUUAGACACAGCCGUUGCUGGUAUUGUAGGCGUUCCUAAAACUGAUAAAAAACUCCAACGACAGAAUUCUAAGUCGAUAAAGUCUGAAAUUAAAAAAACUGAAAUAAAAAUACCCAUUGUACCGACCAGCGUUGAUAUUGAUCUUUUGAAUUCAGGAAAUUUACAAAUAGACGAAGACUAUGAUACCUGAAUAAAUUUGUAAGUAUGUGUUUUUGUUGUGUUUUAGUGAUAUCAGAGCAUGAGAUUUGUUAUCCAAAUAAUGUCACAAAUUAAUACUAUGUUUAAUAUAAGAGCAUCUGCAAUGUUGCUAUGCUUCAUGAAGUCAAACUUAAGAUAAAUAUCGAAACAUAGAAUUAAGAAAAUGUCAUAUAAUGAUGGAUUUGUCAAUUCUUGUGGAUAACUUCCUACUCGAUAGCUUAUGGUCCAAUGCUUGACCAAACAUUUGAUCGUUAUAAAUUUAUAUGACCGCUUAUGUAGUAACUCUUUGUUGUAGACAUUAGAACUGUUUGAUGUAUUAUACAUAACUGACAUUGCCUAUAUAUUGGCAACCGUAGAAUAUAGUGUUAUUUACUGUCUUCUGUCUUUGCGAUAAAAAUAGGAAACCAAUUGUUUGUUUACUCACUUCAAGAAAAAAAAUAAUUCAAUAUUUUGUAGCGUUUUAGCUGUCAAAAUAUGUUAAAAAGAAAUAGACAAUACAUAUUAUUUUAGUUUAUAAUUUCUCUCACAUUUUGUAGCAAAUCGAAUAACAAUAUGUACUUACUCAACCGGUGUAUUUAUUGUAUAAUAAAAACCUCAUUUGAGCAAUUUCGCAAUGUUCCAAGUAGAAAGAAAUGGCGGAUAUAAUUAUAUACUUUUAACCGAUUUCAAUUACUUGUUUAAAUUAGUCAGUUAAAAAUAAUUUCCUGCGCCUAAUUAUUGAACAAUAUUCGGCCAAAUGAGGUCAUUGCUUUUGUUUGUUUUUUAUCUUGAUCGCAUAGUAAUUACACCAGCUCAGUCGCCCUUCGUACCGGAACGCAGCAGUACAUAGCAUUGCUAUUUGACGGUAGAAUGAUUAUAAACGGGGAAUACCCAUAAAUAAACGAAUAUGAUAUAUGAAACUAGUUUUAUUUUUGUUUGGAUAACAUAUAUCGUGGAUUUAAGUUGUUUACCAUUUAAGUAUGUAUUAUAAGAAUUAUUUUUUUCAGAUUCAUUAUUGUUUUCAUUAUCUGUUUGUUUGUGCGUAUGACGAAGUCUUAUAAUUUUAUAUGUAUCUGCGUGGACUUUACGUUUGUUAUUUGUGUGAAUGAGAUAAUUUUUGUACAGUUGUGUAAAUGUCUGAACAGUGUUAAGUGCUAAAUGACAUAUUGUAUUGCAUUUAACAUAUUAUUUAAACUCAUUCGAAUGUACGUAUAUUAUGUAUUAAGAUCAGGAAAGCUGUUCGACUUUGAUUUAGUUAACAACAUAUUAAUAGUUAAUAAGGUCGUAUUUUAGACUAAAUUAAUGUGCAUUUAUUAUGUUUUUAAAUUGAAAAUAUGAUCUGUAAAUUCGCUGUUGACUUUAUGUACAAAAUUUUAAAAAGCAAUAGAUUUUUAAAUUGGUAUCAAAAUAAAAAAAAGAAGUCCUGAAAAGAAGUCUGACUACGAAAAAUAAAUAUG